UAUUCUUAAAGUGAAGUUUUCUAGUGGACAGUAGGAUUCUCAUCGUUACACGCGACCUCUUUUUUUCUUUCACCACUACUAUACCAACACAUAAUACUAAUGGUGCAGGACAAAUCAUCAGUAAUGUCUAGAGAACCUGAAGAGGCCAAAGAUGAAGCGAGCAAGGAGCCCAAACAACAAUUCCACAAUCCAAGCUUGGACUUUAUUAAAUCUCUCACUAAUUUAACAGACAUCCAGGAAUGCCUGCGACAACUCGAGUUGGAAGAGAUCCAGGUCGAUGCAGAUCUAGAUGAGCUAUUAGCAGAACGCGAAAAGUUGGAGGGAAGUCUCGACAAACUAGAAGUUCUUGAGCCACAGCUAGGAAGUCUUCAGCACGAAUCAAAGGCAUUAGUCAAGGUUAUUAGUGACACCUCUAAUUUGGCCGAGAGCAUUAGUGUCAAAGUUCGUCAAUUAGAUCUUGAACAAUCGCGCGUUCAGAUGACUAUCAAGCAUGUUGAGGAUAUACAAGAACUCAAGUUCUGUAUUUCAGGAAUCCAGCGGGCAAUGGAGCAACUAGAUCAUGAGGACGCGGCUAGAUAUAUGCAAAAAGCUUUGAAAUUUGAUAAAAGUAUACUUGAGGGCUCGUUUGCGGAGAUCUCUGUCCCAUCUGCGUCAAAUCCCGAAUAUCCAACAGUUAUCUUAUCGAACGCUAAGGCGAGAUUGUUGGAGAUCAUAUCAACAGAGUUUGAAAAUGCAGUUCAAAGACAAUCAGCAGAAGAUAUUACCCGGUAUUUUAAAUUAUUCCCAUUAUUAGGGGAAGAACAAGUUGGCUUAGAUAAAUACUCCAAAUUUGUAUGCGCUAUCGUUGCCGGAAAGGCGCAGGCUUCUCUGGUUGAGCCACCCAAGUCACCGACAUUCUACGCUGAUGCUUUGGUCAGGCUGUUCGAAUCUGUUGCUAUUAUCAUCGAUCAACACCAGCCUGUGGUUGAAAAGUAUUAUGGUCCUGGAAAAAUGCUUCGCGUGAUUCAGAGGUUACAGGAAGAGAGCGAUCUUCGAAGUCGAAAAAUUUUGGAGGCUUUUGAGGAGGAACGUGAAGUUAAUAGAAAGGUUACGGAGAUUAAAUCGUUCAGGGAUCCCAAGAAAACCCUAGUUUCAUCAAUAGGACCUAUUCGAAGCCUUACACCUCAGCCUGGGAUGUCCAGCCCACAUCUGACAUCUGUUCCUGAUAUCAUCGAUCCGCGAGAACUUGACAUCAAUUUGAAUGAGAUGGUGUUGAUCUCUCAACGUGCAAGCCUCUACAAUCGAUUUUUGGAGUCUAGAGCGAAGUCGGAAGUGGAGCAUUUGGAGAAUGAACAUCAGAUGAAAGAUACUGUUGUUGAGAAGCCCAAGAAUCUCUAUAACGAUUCAGGUUUGCUCCGCACAAGCGGUUUGUCUCGUAAAGUCGAGGAGAUAGUAGACCACUAUCUAGCGAUUGAAGAGUUCUUUUUGCGUCGCAGCGUUGACAAGGCGAUGAAAAUUGAUGAGUAUACUGAUUACAGUAGCAAAACCUCAAGUUGCGUGGAUGAUGUAUUUUAUAUACUAAAGAAAACUAUUUCGCGAGCAGUCCAUACAUCAAAUAUAGACUGCUUAGCAGCAAUGAUCAACUUUAUAAAAAACACAUUGGAAAUGGACUACAUGUCAGUCUUCCAAAAGAAUAUGGGGAACGCAUUCACGAAUGGAGAUACCAAAGAAGCACGGUUUCAAUAUAUGCUUCUGCUUAAUAACAUUAGUGUCAGUAUAGAGUAUCUGGAGAGGCUGACUGUAGAGAUUGAACAAGAGUCUCUAUCAACUAUUGCAUCUUUAUCGGAAAAUGCGCUGGCGAAAGCAAAGGCAGUUCUAUCAGGAUUGACUGCAUCCUCUAGUAAAUUUAAGAAGAUUUUAAACCAAGGGAUCGAGGAACUGUUUGAACGGACGUUACGGCCGCGGCUUAGACCAUUACUACUGGACUCAUAUAGAGAAAUCAAGUAUGUAGUGACGGAUGAAGAGUAUGCAGAGCAAGAGGCACUCAAUAGCUUUGUGCAUCGUUUCAUGUCGGGCUUUGACGCUCUUAUCGAACCGUUUAAGUUCGCUUUAACAGAAGACAACUAUAAUCAAGUGAUUGUGAAUGCCGUGAUCAUUUUAACCAAGACAUGGGAGAAAAUUAUUUUUCAGAAAAAGUUCAACAAAAUGGGUGCUAUUCGUUUUGAUAAAGAUCUCCGAGCAGUUGGUUUCUAUCUAGUAUCACUGACGACCUUCCCAGUCAGAGAAAAAUUGACGCGACUCAAUCAAAUGGCAAUGCUACUGGACUUGGAAGCGCUGGAAGACCUGUAUGAGAUAUGGGGCAGCAACUCGGAGACGAUCACUUGGCGUCUCACAGACGCUGAAGUCCGCCGUGUUUUGAGCUCUAGGAUCGAUUUUCAACCAGAAGACAUUGCACGGCUGUAGCACAACAAGGUUUCAAUAAAGUGAACGGUCACAUUCUUCUUCCAUGCCCUUUUACAGCACUGUCCGUGCAUUUCAAUAAUUAUUGCGCUCAUUUCACUUGUUACCAUCAUACGAACAACAUGAACAAAAUAAACCAUGA